CCAAAUCGUCGUUCCUCAACCAAAAAGAAAAAAAAAGCAGAUCUAUCUAGGUUACUAUGCGUCGCGGCGGCCAUGGUCUCGCGCAGCGCCCCCGCCGCGGCGGCCAAGUCUAUCGGCCUCGCGCCGCGCUCCCGCCGCCCGCCCCCGCGGCCGUCCCCCUGGUCGGGAACCCGCUGCCCGCUCCAGCAGGCAACCGGCAGCAGGCCCCCGUGCCGCCGCUCGCCCCAGGAAGGGCUCCAGCAGCCAACCGACCGCAGGCCCCUGUGCUGCCGCCUGCCGCAGGAGGCAAUCGGCCCCCAGCGCCUACGCCGACCGCCUCCGCCGUCAACCCGCGGCCGCUCGCCCCAACCAGGAACACGCUGUCUGCGGCCGGUGCUCUCGGGGGCAGCUCCCAUGGCGGCAUUCCCCUGCUCCCGCAGGCCCCAGCCAACAGCUCUCUCCCCACCAACAGCCAGCCCCCGCCCAGUGUCGGCGUCUCUGGAGGCCCGUCGCAGGGAUGCGGCAAUCCAUCGCUGCCAGCAGCCCAAUCCUCUGGAAGCAUCAAGAAGAAAAAAGGGAAGUGCAAAAAGUGCUCAGAUCCGGGUCAUGUCAUUGAAGAUUGUCCGAAGUUACCAUGUCUACGUUGCACAGGAACUAGACACACCAGGGGCAACUGCACUACCCCUGCCGGGCCAGUGUGUUUCCGGUGUUGCGACAUUGGUCACUAUUUGAAGGAUUGUGUGAGCCAAGUUUAUGGCGGACGAUGUAAGACAUGCGGCGGGGCCGGGCAUGGUGAUCCCAAUAAUCUGAAGCACAAUAUCAAUUGCGCCAGCCCUCCAAUACUUCUUCUGUGUACAUCGUGUAACAACCCUGGACACCGGCCACGUGAUUGUCCUCAAAAGUCAACCCUGGACAUCGCUUUUCAGUUCCAGAUAAACCAGUUUAUGGGUGUUCAAUUGUAUCACCGUAGAAGUUUGAUUUUAAUAAACCUUUUCCCUCCAUAUAGGGAUUAAUGUGCCAAACAGUUAUUUAGGCUUUAGCUAUGUUAUUGAUCACAUGUCGGUGCUUCUAUCUGGUUAAGCCGUUACAAUAGGAAUCAAUAAUUAAUUUUACAGCUUAGGCCAACCUUGAAAAGAAAGGAAAUGAACAGUUCUGUUACAAAGAUAACACCAUAGGGCAAGCAUGAGCUUUAUCUGUUGCUUCUUGCAUGUUUUUAGUCGAUGCAAUGGAGGAUUGUUUGUUGUGUUUUACAUUCUGUAGCUUUUUUACGUAUCUGUAUAUUUUCCCCUAUUGUGGAUCCAAAUUUUACAAGGAAUCCUUGGUGAUUCUGAAUUUAUUUCUGUGAUACAGAAUGUGAGAUCGUUGAUGGGCAUGGCUGGCAAUUUCUUAUGUGGAAACGAAUCAGACCUGAUGGACAGCCCUGCGUUGAGGCUCUAGAGUUUAUUUUGGUGCGAACAUGUCCAUUGCAGUUGGUGAAGAGAGAUACAAAGAUGCAGGAAAUGUUUCUGUGUUUUGAUGGCCUUGUUUGGAUGCAUCAAUGCACUAGAAACAACGGGAUGAUAUUUGGCUAUUUGAUAAGGAUUUCAUACAUUUAUGUGUUCUCAAGAUGUUUCAAAAUAUUUUAUUCUGCUGGAAGGAUCUCCUCGGCUUCUCCUUCAUCGGCAGCGAAUGGAGUCCCAGAUCGAAGAUCACAUGCUUGUUCCUAUUAAUUCAUAAAUGUGACUAUCUCCAUUCAGGUCAAGACCUCGUCACAUCAAUGCCCAGGUCCCUGGAGAGGGCCUUGAGAGCCACAGCGGCCGUCCAGUACAGAACAAGGAAUCUACCAGACGAAACUGAUUAAUGUCUCUUGUGAACCUGGUCUCUUAAGGCAUAGCUUUCUUUUAUUCAUUAAUUAAUGUAUUUUAGAUAGUGAAACUCUUCAUAAGAAUUUCCUACUGCAGUUGAAAUGGUGUAUCUGCAUAUAAAAAUGAUUAUAUAUUUUCUUCUAAAUUUCGGUAAGAGUUGUGAUGGAUGGCAAAUUUAACUCACUAUUUUUUUAUGUAAUACUUCCUCCGUUCCAAAACAAGUGUCUCAACCUCAAUACAACUUUAUACUGAAGUUAAUACAAAGUUGCGACACUUAUUUGUGAAAAUUCACUGGCGUGCCCGAGCACGCCUGCUCACGGUAUCUUCCGUCGUCCAACUCG